AUGUCCCCCUCGUGCUCUUAGAUAACCCCGCCAAUGCCAGCGUCCCCGUGGAAAGUAAACUCAACACAUUUUAGUCGAGGCUUCCACAAGUUGGUCUCACCCCGUCGAUGUUUAUCCUGUAUCUUUAAUGUAGCGAUGUCGACGAGUAAGGAAGGCAAGUCGAGGAUCUGCAGGAUUAAGGGUAAACUGAAGGAGGGAAAGGCAAGACUGAAGAGCACUUGGAGUAAUGGGUUUUCCAUCUGGAGGUAUUACAAGGAAGAGCUCCCCAUCGAGGAGGUCUACAAAGUGCCUUUCUUCUUCGCUCGUGUCAUCGGCAUCCACCUCGUCCAGAGAAAUGCUGAGGGAACUUAUGCCGUGUCCUACAAAGGAAUCAUCCCGAUGGUCGUGUGCAGCCUCGUUUGCCUGGUCGCCCUCGUACCGCCUAUUCUCAUGAUGGCCUUCAUGGACCCGCCUUACUGGCUCAUGGUAAUGAUGGUGCCAUACAUAUUUGGCUACUUGUUUUGCAUCAUCGCCUACGUCCAGAUGCAUCGCAAAACCAAGAAAAUGAUCGCUCUUAUGGAGAACUCGCGUUCGAUGAAAAUUCGUACCAAAAUUUCGGUUCCUAUAUUUCUGUUCUGGAUAUUCUUGUACCCGGCAGUGCUAGCAGCAGCGGCCUUGUCCAUGCUUAGCGGGGUCUCGGCUUUGAUUUGCAUUCCGCCUAUCAUCUUAGUGGCUUUUAUCCCCGCUACUCUCGACGUGUACAUGGCCUGCUACAUGAUGGCCUUCUACAAGUACCUCAGUCAACUCACGCAGGAAGUGCAGUCGCGGGACGUGUGGGCAAGUGAGCACGUGCAAAAAGUGACCGACUCGUGGAUGUACCUGGCCAAACUGGCUGGUCUUCACAACGAGAUCUUCUCCUUCACACUGCACCUUCGAGUCAUCCUCCUAAUGACGCAGGCGAUGUCCUUCCUCUUCUGCGUGUGGGGCAUGGUUCGCUACGACGGCAUGUGCAUUAUGGUCGUCCUCUUUAACGUCAUCCCGCUGUGUGAGGUCAACGCCAGGUUCCUCAGGCUGUGUAAGAUAGGGGAAAGUGUCAUCAAUGCGAGCCACAGACUGAUUAGGGCGGUCACGGAAGCCAUCUACAGGAUCGACCCAGACCUGCCCGAGCACUUCAGCCUCUCCACCUUCGUUGCUCGCCUGGAAGCUAGGCCUAUCAGUAUUCAGAACUGGGGGAUGGAGAGCCUCUCCGCGCGCACCUUCGUCUCCCUCACCAGCGUGGUCGUUACCUACCUCGUGGUGCUGCUUCAGUUCUGCCAAAGAAGCAUCGAAUUCACGAACGUAGCCGAAGGGGUUGUGUUCACUUGGUUUGACAGCUGCUUCUGCGAGAACGCGACCUUGAUGAACAUUACUUUUGCAGAUCCGUGGAAUGGUAGUUAUUUAUCUUCAUAUUUGCAUACAGAUGUAUAAGUAUGUAUAUACGCAUACACUAGCAGGGAAGGACAAUUAUACACACAUACGCAUUCAAAGGUGACUUUGUAUAAAAACACACAUAGCAAAUUUAUAUAUUGGAAUUUCUUCUUACUGUUCUGCAACAUAAAUAAAAUAUGACAAGAAAUAGUCUUUAAUUAACACACACACAA